GUUCUUCUCCACCACAAGUUUCGCGCGCUGCUCGCUCGCUUGGUUGGUUGGUUGAUUGCUCGCGCCCCGCGCGGUUGCGUGCUCCCUCGCGCCACGGGUUUAUAUGCGCCACUAGCCGAGCCGCGCUUCUGGAUCCCCUUCUUCUGCCGCUCGUUUUCCAUUGCCGACGCGCAGCACGCAGCUGCGCAGCCACACCUUUGCGGCUGUCUUAUCUUGUUCUUGAGUUGUGUUCUUGGUUGGGGAGGAGGAGGAGGAGAUGAAGAUCCAGUGCGACGCGUGCGAGAGCGCGGCGGCGGCGGUGGUGUGCUGCGCGGACGAGGCGGCGCUGUGCGCGGCGUGCGACGUGGAGGUGCACGCGGCGAACAAGCUGGCCGGGAAGCACCAGCGGCUGCCGCUGGAGGCGCUCUCGGCGAGGCUCCCGCGCUGCGACGUGUGCCAGGAGAAGGCGGCGUUCAUCUUCUGCGUGGAGGACCGCGCGCUCUUCUGCCGCGACUGCGACGAGCCCAUCCACGUCCCCGGCACGCUCUCCGGCAACCACCAGCGCUACCUCGCCACCGGCAUCCGCGUCGGCUUCGCCUCCGCCUCGCCCUGCGACGGCGGCAGCGACGCCCAUGACUCCGACCACCACGCCCCGCCCAUGGGCUCCUCCGAGCAUCAUCACCAUCAUCAGCAGCCGGCCCCGACCGUCGCCGUCGACACGCCCUCGCCGCAGUUCCUGCCGCAGGGCUGGGCCGUCGACGAGCUCCUCCAGUUCUCCGACUACGAGACCGGCGACAAGCUGCAGAAGGAGUCGUCGCCGCCGCUCGGGUUCCAGGAGCUGGAGUGGUUCGCCGACAUCGACCUGUUCCACAACCAGGCGCCCAAGGGCGGCGCCGCCGCCGGCCGGACGACGGCGGAGGUCCCCGAGCUCUUCGCUUCGCAGGCGGCCAACGACGUGGCGUACUACAGGCCGCCGACCAGGACCGCCGCCGCCGCCUUCACCGCGGCCACCGGCUUCCGCCAGAGCAAGAAGGCCCGCGUCGAGCUCCCCGACGACGAGGAGGAUUACCUCAUCGUCCCUGAUCUUGGUUGAAUCUUGAAGAGGAGUUCGUUCCAGAGGAGAAGAUCCUCCUCCUGUGUUCUUGGGUUUUGCCAUGUCCUUGUGUUUUCUGCUUGUAUGCUAGCUUUUGUGUUUAACGUUAGUCCUGCUCAACUGUGACAUAUUUGAGCCACUCUGCUUCCGUCCCAUGCCAUCAGUGAUCAAUCUGAUAUAAGUUUUUCUGAAAAUGAGCUCCAGGCUCUGCUCUUAUGUUUAAUCUUCCGAGAUUACCAGUACAGAAAGAGAUUACCAGUA